AUGAAACCUGUCGGAGAAUUGCAUUUCCGAUUCUGUAUCCUUGGACCCUUCGAGACGUGUGUCAUGACGUCGAUGGCGUCGGCGGCUGCUCGCUCAGUCGUCGCCGUCCUAUGCGUCUUCACAAGAGCCGAUGCCAAAGUCAAGGACAAGUUUUGGGGAUAUCUCGACGAGAUGGCAGGUGAGGGGAAGGAGAGAAGCGAUGUGACAACCGUUGCAGAGAUACUCGACCGUGGCGCUGGUGUGCAGAAUGAGGAUUGUGGCGGUAAGCGUGACGUGAUGUCUAUCAGUCGCGCGGAGUUCGACUGGGCCCACCUACAGGUGCGCGCCUACGGGGAUCUCUCCCACAACGUGUCUGGGGGGACCCUCAGCGUCAAGAUGUACAAGGGCACGGCUGCCGAAGGCUCGUCGUGA